GAGUCGAGCGUCUCUCGCCCAGCGGAUAGUCGGAGUCAGAGUCACAGUAUGGCCCUUCAAGAAGAGGCGAUUGACGAGGAAGACGAGGACUUCGAUACUGGCUAUGGAGCACGGCACGAUGAUGAUCUUGCUCCUGGUCCUCGCGGAAAACAAGGCUUCGGAGCACGGCACGAUGAUGAUCCUGCUCCUGGUCCUCGCGGAAAUAAACACGGUUUCGAGCGACGGGGCCCCUUUGAUAAAGAAAACGAAGCAGAUGGAGCGAUGAUGAGUACGAGCAUCCAUUCUCUGGACGAACACCUCCACACUAGUGGUGAUCGACAGGACGUAGAAAUGAACGUGCCAAAUGAAGAUCCUGUUCAAGAACGGGAUCAUCUUAGAGGUAUAACAAGUACUACAGGAGCUCAUCUCCACCUUGUUGACGAUGAUAUUCAACAUCAUCUAGAAGUUUUGACAUCCACGCCUGAACGAGGUACGGAAACAAGAACCACAAGAAGAGAAGAUGAUGUUGAAGUGAUACGUCUGGGCCAGCGUCCACGCCCUCAGGAAAGUGAUAGGAAACCAAAAACCGUCGACGUCUCAUCUGCUAGCCUACAGGAAGAUAAAGCGCCGCGGAGUACUAGUAGCAGGUAGAAUAUAACCACUUAUAUAUAUUUAGAUACUGUUCUGAGAUGGAGUUAUUGUGUGUGUGUUUUUUCAACGAACGCGUGGUAAAGCUAAAUUCUUAUUGUAACAUCAACGUGAUGUCCUCGUCGCUCAAGAACAAUGAAGGUUUCAAAUACUGCUCAAUCCACCGACAGAAGUCGCCCUUCUUCGGUUCCACCCGCGGCCUCGAGACAGCGCAUGCGGAAUACUCCGACACAAGAACAGUUGUGGAACAUGAGAUCCAAACUUCGGGAUGAGAUGGAACAAUUACGCCUAGAGUGUCGAGAAGCGGAAAGACGGCACGUCGCAAGUUUCGCAGCGACCGCCUCUCCUGCAUCCUCCUCUCGCUCUAGAAUCCUGUUGGAUAGGAGUAGAAACGACAGCGGAGGCGGAGGUGGUCCUCUUGCAGGGAGAGGAACUCCUCUGUUGAACAAAGUGUCAUCUUCUACAAUUGUAGUACAAUCCGACCAGCAUCAUUAUAAAAACGUUUCUUCCGUAGCCCACAAGAACGAGCAUGAAGGAGGAAAUCCAGCUGAUGAAUUACCACAGGCAGAUGAGGGUGGGGGGAGAGGAGCUGCGGCCUCAGCAUCACCAGGCUCAGCAGGUAAUUUUCGACCUAGCGACCUGAAUUGUCAUUUCGGCAACGGUGUAAACAGGCAGCAGAUACUCGUAGGUUCCUCUCCGGCAACGAGUUCAACGGCACUACCUCGUCGAAGCUAUGAGGGUACAUCUUCGAGGUAUGACGGACCACCAGUGAGCGUAGGAAACGCCGGCACAACAAGUCGAGUUGUAGCAGUCUCACCAGGAGCUUCAGGAGCCGCGUCUCCAGGAGUAGAUAACCAAAUACAGUAUAAUAAUCUUCAAGCUUCUUCACAUCCUGGUCAAUUACAAGGAUCUGCAAUACCCUUACCCGCACAUCAUCAGCAUGUCCAAUCUCUUUCUCCCCCUGUUCACCAAGUUCUACUUGAACAAGGAUCAGCAGUAAGUGCACCACCGCAUCCGCACAUGCACAGCUCCUCAAUAACCGCACAAUCAAUACACCUUCCUGCUGCUGUCCAACAUCAAGUAGUUCAACAAGGACCUCCUUCGAGGACACCAAUGCAUCAGCAGUCAGCAUCUUCGGGAUCACAAGAAACCCAACAGCAUGCACAGCAGCAAUUACAGCAGUGGAACGAAGCAAUGGACGUUGCCAAACCAAUUUUAGAGCAGUUAUGUCAUAUGGCGACCGCUGAAGAUACCUUUGCAGGAAGUGCAGCUUUAAAAGCUAUUCAGAAAACAGACGCAAAUGGGAAGAUUUCGCCUUUUCUCUUUCUGUCUACGAUUGAGUCGGUCGCGCAGGCUUUGCGGUUGUGGCAAGAGCAGCAGCGAGACCUUGUCACCAAAUUCGAAGAAGCAGUGCGACAACUAAAAGUCUCGAAGAAAGAAGUCAUGGUACUACUUGUUGGAAAUGGUAGGACUUGUAUCGAACACUGUAUAAAUAUGAUGUUCAAGUAUUUUGGUUUUGAAAUUGCUCAUCUUCAAACUGGACAACCGCUCUUCAAACUUCUCGAUCAAUUUUCACCUUCUUCAGUCCAAAGCCGUGGUUUCCAUCGAGAGGAAAACUCGGAGGAUAGAGGAGCUCGCAGGCAGCCUGGAACGGGCUAAAGGUGAGUUAGAACGAGCUCGACGAUGGCGUGAGGACUUAGAUCGUGCCAUAAACGAAAAAGAGCGCUUGAUCGCAGAAAAGCAAUUACAAGAGCGCGAAAUAGCCGACCUUCGUGCGCAGCUGCAUCGACGUAGCAGGGAAGAAGAUGAUGAUCAAGAUAAUUAUGGCGCGAGCAGAUUGUCUUUGUCAUCGAAAUCGUAGUUGUAGGCGCCGGUCGCCUUGAGAUUUAGUUUUAUCCAACUUUUGGUCCUCUAAUAUCACGAAGAAAAGAGAAAGGCAGCGGAUGGCGCUAGACUGCAAGCGCUACAAAGACAAGUCGCAAAUCUAGAGAAUCGUGUGCAGUUGCACAACAUGCGAUCAAAGAGCACGCCGAGGCUAUGUAUCAUCUGAAUCUACUUAUUCUUGUCAUGGGAACGUGGUAGACGUAGAGGUAGCAGUAGUAAAAUGCUUGUGACUUAUGUAUGAAUAUGAUGCACACGACUUGUUUUUACUGUUUGUUAGAGCGCGUCACGGACGCCUACUUACAUGAUGGGACCUUCUUCAAACCUGACUCAGAUCAACAGCGCGUGCUUGCGAGGGACGCAGGGGCAACCCCAGAGCGAACGCGAGGAAGGCAGGGGCAACGAAAGCCUCUUUACAACGUUGACACAAGUCAACUCUCAACCUACAGCAGGUACGUAGAAAGGGAUCGUUUUGACAGAGGGCCAUCUCUCUAUCGUGGAUAACCUAAGUACAUCUUCAUGAUCCACAUCCUCACGCUUAGUUUUGAUUACACUACUGAAAUUUGCAGUCGCAUCUUCAUGUACAAAAAUGCUUCUGAAUGAAUACUUCUACAAGAGAAUCUUGAAUCUAGUGACAAUCACGCAACAAGCGCAAACGCAAAAAGAGUUUCACUCUCAUGCCUUGACUCCUACUAGAAAUCCCAGGAAGAACAGA